AUGCCUAUGUAUGCAAAGUUCCUAAAAGACGUGAUCUCCAAGAACAAAAAGUGGGUGGACUACGAAACAGUGAGCAUGUCGGAGAAUUGCAGUGCCAUAAUCCAGAAGAAAUUGCCGGCAAAGCUUAAGGACCCUGGAAGUUUCAACAUAUCAUGUGUCAUUGGUGAUGACAAACACACGAAGGCACUUUGUGAUUUGGGGGCGAGCAUCAACUUGAUGCCCCUAUCCUUCUUUAGGAAGAUGAAAAUCGGCACUCUCAAGCCGACUAGAAUCACGCUCCAAAUGGCCGAUAGAUCUGUCACCUAUCCUGAAGGGAUCAUAGAAGAUGUGUUAGUGUGGGUAAAUGACUUUAUAUUUCCCGUUAAUUUUGUCGUGCUUGACAUGGAAGAAGAUAGGAAUGUGCCGCUUAUCCUUGGUCGGCCAUUCUUAGCGACAGGGGAAGCAUUGAUUGAUGUUUCAAGGGAGAGAUUACCCUUUGAAUGGGUUCAGAAGGAUCAAAUGGUAAAGCCCAAGGUUGAGAAUAUUUCCUUACCACAGUGUCUAUUUGGCCCAUGUGGUGGAUCGAGUCAUUGCAAAGGAAGACAAAAAGAGCUUAAGGAAGUGAAAGACAAGAAAGCAGAGGCAUCGAGCUUACCCGAGUUUGAGCUGAUAUCAAAUGAUAGCAUGGUGAAGAAAAUAUGGUGGAAGAAGAGGUUGACAAUAUCAUACUUGUCUAGACGCGAAGAAGAAGCCAACAUCCCCAUUAAUGGGGAAGUGAAAUGA